CCUGGCGCAUGCGCUGGGUGGGACAGGCGGGGUUGGAAACCAUGGCGUGGGUACCUGCGGAGUCUGCAGUGGAAGAGUUGAUGCCCCGGCUGUUGCCAGUGGAGCCCUGCGACUUGACAGACAGUUUUGAUCCCAACGUACCUCCGAGGACUCCCCAAGAAUACCUAAGGCGGGUCCAGAUCGAAGCAGCUCAAUGUCCAGAUGUUGUGGUAGCUCAAAUUGACCCAAAGAAAUUGAAAAGGAAGCAAAGUGUGAAUGUUUCUCUUUCAGGAUGCCAACCUGCUCCUGAAGGAUAUUCCCCCACUCUUCAGUGGCAACAGCAGCAAGUGGCACAGUUUUCAACUGUUCGGCAGAGUGUGAACAGACAUAGAAGUCACUGGAAAUCACAGCAGUUGGAUAGUAAUGUGACCAUGCCAAAAUCUGAAGAUGAAGAAGGCUGGAAAAAAUUUUGUCUGGGUGAGAGGUUAUGUGCUGAAGGGGCUGUUGGACCAGCUGCAAGUGAAAGUCCUGGAAUCGAUUAUGUACAGAUUGGUUUUCCUCCCUUGCUUAGUAUUGUUAGCAGAAUGAAUCAGGCAACAGUAACUAGUGUCUUGGAAUAUCUGAGUAAUUGGUUUGGAGAAAGAGACUUUACUCCAGAAUUGGGAAGAUGGCUUUAUGCUUUAUUGGCUUGUCUUGAAAAACCUUUAUUACCGGAGGCUCAUUCACUGAUUCGGCAGCUUGCAAGAAGGUGCUCUGAAGUGAGGCUUUUAGUGGACAGCAAAGAUGAUGAGAGGGUUCCUGCUUUGAAUUUGUUAAUCUGCUUGGUUAGCAGGUAUUUUGACCAACGUGACUUAGCUGAUGAGCCAUCCUGAUAAUAGCUGAUCUCUCAGGGAUAGAAGAUAUUUGUAAUGAAGACAGCCUAAGUCUGAGGCAGUGCAAUGCCAGUUCAAGUACAGAUUGCAUCACAUCUUCGGCACUAUGUGAAGCGUCUUCAUUUUAACCUGUGCAACUCAAGUUGAUAUUCAGAAGAUAGAUUGUGUUGGUAUGAGUAUCUGAGGUAUCUUUGAAAGAUGUUACCCAGUUUUUGCUGAACAGUUCAGUUUUCUGUAAUCACAUGCUUUUAAAACAAAUUGAAUGAUUUAUUGGUGAAGCAUCCUGCACAGAAACUGUAUGACGAAAUUGUACAGAGGUCGUUGGUGCUGUUUCAUUGUUUAUUCACGUAUACACAUAUAAAAUUUUAUUGAAAAUGUGUUUUGGUUACUAAAUUUUGUUUGACUAUUUAACAAAACAAAAGACAAUGGAUAAAUGUCCUUAGUAUUAGAAUUAAGAUAAUCUAGAUUAUAUGGCACGUGUAUUCAUAGUCAGCAGCAAAAUUAGUAUAACAUUUUCCCUUUAAGCUCUAUACUUUUAUUUUUAAAUGCUUUCUUUCUUUUUUUUUUUUUUUAUAAAUUUUUUGUUUAUUUUUGGCUGCGUUGGGUCUUCGUUGCUGCGAGUGGGCUUUCUCUAGUUGUGGCAAGCGGGGGCUACUCUUCGUUGCGGUGCGCAGGCUUCUCAUUGCAGUGGCUUCUUUUGUUGUGGAGCAUGGGCUCUAGGUGCACAGGCUUCAGUAGUUGUGGCUCAUGGGCUCUAGAGUGCAGGCUAAGUAGUUGUGGCACACGGGCUUAGUUGCUCUGCUGUAUGUGGGAUCUUCCCAGACCAGGGCUUGAACCCAUGUCCCCUGCAUAGGCAGGCAGAUUCUUAACCACUGUGCCACCAGGGAAGCCCCUAAAUGUCUUCUUGUAUAAACAAAACUUUUUCUUUACAAGUAAUUUUCAGUAGUACCCUAAAAGGUCGACUGUUUUAAUUUUCCUGUCACAUCUUUUAUUCAUAUCACUUACAAUUUAUCUAUUUCUUUUCUUUUUUUUUUUUUUGGCUGUGUUGGAUUUUCAUUGUUGCACGCAGGCCUCCUCUAGUUGUGGCGAGCGGGGGCUACUCUUUGCUGCGGUGCCUGGGCUUCUUGUUGCAAUGGCUUCUCUUGUUGCGGAGCACGGGCUCUAGACGCACGGCUUCAGUAGUUGCAGAACACAGGCUCAGUAGUUGCAGCAUGUGGGCCCUAGAGUGUGCAGGCUUUAGUACUUGAGGCAUGUGGGCUCAGUAGUUGCAGUGUACGGGCUGUAGGGUGCACGUGCUUCAGUAGUUGUGGACUGCGGGCCCUAGAGCACAGGCUCAGUAGUUGUGGCGCAUGGGCUUAUUUGCUCCGCAGCAUGUGGGAUCUUCCCGGAUCAAGGAUCGAACCCGUGUCCCCUGCAUUGACAGGUGGAUUCCUAACCACUGCACCACCAGGGAAGUCCCAGUUUACCUAUUUCUAUAUCAUGUAGGAAUGUUUCCUACUUUAAGCAACAGAAGAUCCAAGUAGCAAUGAUUUUUCAAAUAGGGAUUUAUUUUUCUCUCAUAACAAGAAGUCUAGAGGAACUAGCAUUGGUUCAGUGACUCCACAAUACCAAGGUGUCUGAGAGUCUUUUAGCUUUUCCCUCAUGGUAAGAUGGCCACUGCAGUGCAGAGCAAUGUGUCUGUAUUCAAGACAGGAAAAGGGGGGAAGGAGGCAGAGCCUUCCACAUCUGUUCCUUUUCUCAUAAAAGCAAAACCUUCUCCAGAUAUCCACAGUGGAUUUGUGUUCACCUGUUGGCCAUGAGUGUAUAAAAUUAUUACCUCUAGCCCCAAGAAAAGUGGGGAAAUGAAAUUGUAAGCUUUUCCAGUCUUUCUAAUGGGAGAUGGAAAAGGAAAAGGGGAUUGGGAAUAACUGUUGAUCAGGCAACCAAUAGUUUUUCCGCUAUUUAUGAAAGGAACAGAUGUAAUUUUAUAUUUGAAUCUUUUCUACUAUUAUGUCUUCAAAAAGCUGAUUUUUAAAUGGUAGCCUAGUAGUCUAAGUUGUAUUUUACCAUAAGUUAAACAUUCUCUCAUUGUUGGUUAUCUAAUCUGUUUUCAAUGUUAAUUCAAUAUAGAAAAUGCUACCGUGAAUACCUGUAUGUACAUAACUCUUUCCUUACUUUGACCGUAAGUUCCCAGGAGUUGGGUUGCAAGUCAUGAGUCUAUCAGUUAAUAUUGCAUUUGAAACUUGACUUAAGUGAGGUUUUAAAAAUUAGUGAUUUAUUUUUGUUUCUCAUAAACUGAUCUGGUUUGAGAAAUUCAGGGCUGGUGUAGCAGCUGUCCAAUAUCUUAAAUACCCUAGGCUGCAGCCAGAUUUCUCCUUCAUCAUUGUUAGUGUAUAGCUUUCAUCUUUUUAGUCAUGAUCUGGUUGCUUUAUCUCUUACUUAGAAUCUACAGUCCAGGGAGGAUAAAAAGGUACCACCACUUGUUGUUGUCCUAUCAGGGGAGAAAAGUGUUACAAGAAACCCUCAACUUAUAUUUCAUUUACCAGAGUUAUGACAUUUUCUACUUAUAAAGAAAGCUGGAAAAUAAUUUUUUAGGUGAGCACUCCUACCAAAGAUGGUUCUGUUAGAAAACAGGAGAGAGGGGCUGUUGGGUAGGCAGCCAGCAGUGUCUACCAUAAAGAGUUUAGAUAUCCAACCAAUACCACAAGUAGCCUUGUUAUAGGCUCAUAUUCUUUGCCGAUUUGAUCUUUAGGGGGUGGGGCUAGGGACUGAUAUAAUAAAGGUAAAGUGUCAAUUUAUUGUUUUAACUUAUGUAUAACUCUUCAAUAGCUAGCGGCUGAGCAUGUUCACUACUCACACAGAAGAAUUAACAUUCCUGAGGACUAGAAACAUAAAAAAGAAGGCAAUUUUGCAUGUACAGAAGACAUCUGGUAUAAGAAAUUAUUUGAAUGCAGUUACAUCUCUAUUUUCCAGCAAGCUGUAGGAUCUCUAAUAUUUAACUGAGAAUUUAUUUUUCUAGUAACUCAACUUGGCAUAAGGAUAUUUUUCAGGAAUGUAGAAACAAAAGAUAUUAUAAACCAUUAAUGUAAUCGUAAAUAUGCAGACUACCAAUAUAUCAGUAGCUUUAGGGUUUAUCGAGCCUUUCACAAUUAAAAGUAUCUUCUGAUUUUAAUGAGAAAUUGAAGAGGAAAAUCUUUCCAACUCUUAUCACAGGUAGAAAGCUUUAAAUUCAUUGAGAAAUUACACAUUUUAAAUACGGAAUUUAGAGGUAGUUAUUUUCAAAAUAAUAGCUACCAAAUGGUAGUUUAAUCAGGUCUGUGCAAGCAUGGACCAAGUAAAUUAGAUUGCACCUGUAUUUGUUUUCAUGUAAAAGAUUCAUUACUUCUUUUGGGCAGGAGGACAUUAUGCAUUUAUUAAAGUUGUAUUCAUUUCUCCUUUUAAAAAUAAGAUUAUUUCAUCUGUGUCUCUUAGCAGAAUAAGGCAGUUAGAGGCCAAAUUAGAUGAAAAGUGGUUCAGGUUAUUGGUUUUGCCACCUGGGGACAAAGAUAUAAAAACGUGUUAGAAAUUAUUGAGAAAGAUCAAGUUGACCUGUGUCCAUUUUAAGAUUAUAUUUUCUUAUACAUAUUACCAAAUUCCCACCAGAUUUUUAAAAAUAAUGUUUCCUAAAUAAUAUGCCUUAGAAUAUUGAUUUAUGUGAACUUUAGUGUUUCUUGAAAAAAUGGUACUUUAAUCAAAUACUAGAUUAAACAAAAUUAAGCUGAUUAUUGAUUUUUCAGAACUUGUAACAUGCCAUUCAUGUGCAUUAAAUAAAGUUGACAAAGGAGGAUGAAUAAAAUGCAUCUGAUCACAGUACUCAUUUUUCAAAGAGCACUUUGAAAAACUUUAGUAGGUUCUAUCCAGUUUCUUUAACUUUGCUGACCCCAAAAUUUGUGCCAAUCCCAGUUUCUGUAAUCAGUUUGGUGCUCACCCAGGCCUGAGUUGAACUCCCAUCCUACACCUGUAUUCUAGUAGGACUCAGAAAACAAUUCACUAUGUAACCUUGGCUCUAGGAUUUUGUUUCCCUUUAGUCAUUGUGUGUUGGGUUCUGCUGUGGACUUAAUAUUUGUGUUCCCCCAAAAUGCCUAUGUUCAUAUCCUAACCCUCAAGGUGAUAGUAGUAGGAGGCAGAGCCUUUGGGAAGUGAUUAUUCGGUCAUGAGGGCAGAGCCCUCCUGCCUUUCUAGAAGAGACCUCAGAGAGUUAGCUAGUUCCGUUCUGCGAAGUGAGGACACAGUCAAAAGACAUCUGUCUGUGAACCAAGAAGCAGGCCCUCACCAGACACCAAAUCUACAGGCGCCUUGAUCUUGGACUUCCCAGCCUCCAGAACUGUGAGAAAUACAUUUCUGUGUUUCAUAAACUGACCAAUCUGUGGUAUUCUGUUAUAGCAGCCCAAAUGGACCAAGGCAGGUUCUGAUGACAUCUCCAGGCUUAAAUUCCCUUAAUGAGGUUUGACUGGUAGACACAGGGGAUUGAACUAUGUCAUUAUGGUUAGCAUAGGCCACUGACUAAACAGUUUAUAAAUGCUGUCCUCAUAGUUUGUCAUUCGUACAGUGUAGUUUUUACUUUUGAAACAUACAUCUGCUCUUCAACACAAGUUUACUAU